AUGGGUAUCAAUGACAUACCCGAUGAAAUGCUACUCAUGAUCCUUGCUUUUGUGCCAUAUCAGGCUUGCGAAGGAUUAACUACACUCAAGCUCGUAAACAAACGCUUCCUGGCCAUUACUCAAAUGCAUAGUCUGAAGUGUCAGACAAUUGAGAACCAGUUCGCUGAAAUCGCUGCUAUCUACGGCCUUGACGACGCAGUGCGAAUGGAAAACAUCGGCUUACAGGGAGCGGCAGAGUUGACCGAAGAAGUCAAUAAAGCUGUCAAGAAACUAUCGCUUGUCGGCGAUAAAGCAGUUCAUUGUUGCAUGCUCGAGUAUGGUGUCAUCUUGCUAGACAUCUACCUGACAAUUACCGAGCAGUUUCUAAUUCAGGAUGAGGGUAUUGACCAACGCAUGAUGUUCGCCCUACGAGCAAGCCAAAACGUCUUCGGCACUUACGGAGCAGCUUCAGUCCGCCUUGUUCUCGCCAGAGCAUUCGAUAUCCUAUGUCCCGCUGACUCGCCUGUGGUAGUUGUAAUGGACAGCAUUUCAGUGGCAUUCAACAGUACCGGAAGAGGCUACUUACCGAAAUUGUCACCAAUGCUCAAAGUACGAGCUUUCGAGUUGGGUGUGCUGGUGGUGCUUGAAAAUCGUGACUUUCACAACUUGAUAAUGGAAGGUACCUUUAUAGAAGACGACGCGGACGUGGCAAUGACAUCUCGACUUUACUUCAUUGUCACGCUGGGCACACUUGAACAUAAGCGGCGAGCCGUUCUUAAGAAAGACGCCGAGUACGAAGCACAAGCUACACGCCUUCAGUACUUGGACGGUUAUAGAUGGCGUAUCCUGAGUCUUCCAGACCAAGCAUUAAGAGAAACCAAGACAAUCGACAAUGUAUCCACCCUAUCGACUCCGGUGGACAAGGAGUAUGCCUGUGAUCGGGACACUCGAAAUGCCUUCGAUAAGAUGACUAUUUGUGAGAUCACCAACCAUUUGAAUCCACGUUUUUUGAGAGAAGCCAGAGAUCUGCUGGAAGACGAGGCAAAAGCAACCUUAGCUGGUACGGAGCUUCACGGCUUGACAAUGCCCGAGUCUUUUAUGGACGAGCUAGAGAUACUGGUUGCCCUCACGUGA